AUGGAGGAGGCAGCUGGGCCCUCAACCCGGGCUGAGGCCCGAGUCAUAAGCGCCACAUUGACAUGGCGGCAGCAGCCCCCUGCCCAGGAAGAGACCAGACACCGUUUUCACAAGGUGUCCCUGGUGACAGGGCCCCGGACAGAAGCCCCCCAGGAGAUGCUGGCGCACAAUCACUGCAGAGAGGACGUCAACGGCUUUGCGACGCGGGAAGAGACAGUGAGUUCCCAGGGCCCUCGGGCUGAGGCCGGCUCCGGGAAAUUCCAGAGCCACGGGCCCAUCUUUUCCAAGAAGUACACACCACCCCCCAAGGAGAAAAGGCCAGUGCGGAGGCUGAAGGAGGCCGUGGACCAGGGUGAUGGCAGUGCCCAGGCUCCCAGGACCGAGCCACCAGGCAUGGGAGCCAUGGCCAGGACUGAGCUCUUGGUGCCCUUGCCUGGGCCCCGAGAGCCAAGCCCCCACCCCGGUGUGGGUGUCAGCAGCAGGAACUCCAGGAGCCACGAGGAGUGGAGAGUCACGCGCACUGUGCGGACCACCACGGUAGUGGGAGGGCACGUGGACCGCCGGGUGAGCAGCUCUGUGACGGUGGGGCCAUCGCUGUCAGGCGAGGUCCUUCCCAGAGGCCGCCAUGUGGCCCGUGUCCAGGUGGUGAGCCCCCGCGCCGAGGCCUCGCCCAGCCGCAGCCAGGCCCUGGAGCUGCUGAGCAGCCUGGUGCCUGCAGAGCGCAGCCCACCCGCCAGCCGCCUCCCCCGGCCCACAGGUCCCAGGCCAAAGGGCAGUACCGAGGGGACAGUCCUGGGGCACCUGCCUGAGACUAGAACAGCUGAGCUCAAGGAUAGCUCGGCCCCUGCAGCCAUUCCGGAGGGUGCCCAUCUGCCUCAGAACCGGCAUGUCCCUGAAGCCCGCCCAGGCCAAGACGAUGGCAGAACCCUCGAUGCCAGGGCCUGUGAGCUCCCCCGGGUGCAGGGAGCCUCYACCCCCAGUCCACUCCCUCUCCAGACUUCUCAGAGCCAAGCAGCAGUGCCCUCUUCUCCCAGACUCCAGAGACAUUUCCCCUMCCCGGGCCUGGCCCACCCCCCAGAGCAGCCCGAGGGGCCCACUCACCCUGRGGCUCAGCCCAGUCCCCAGGUCCUACCUGCUGGUCAGAGGGAAGGACUCACGGAUCGCCCUGCUGCCCCCACCCCGCCCACGGUGGGGAGCGAGUUUGUGACAGUGCCCGGACAACCUCCGGCUCUGUCUUCUGAGCAGAGGAAGGCUGUCCCCAGCCUGGGAGGUCUUUCUGCUCAGGACUCCGAAGAUGUGCCUGUCGCCCCUACCCAGAAAGAGGCUGUUCCRGGCCACGGUGCUCCCUCUGCCUCCUCUCCCAAGCCAACCAAAAUUGUCCAGGGCCCAGAAGGAGCCUCGAGCACCCAAAAGGGGRCUGUUCAGGGUGCUGAAGGCAGCCCUUCCCCUUCCCUUACCCAUGACAAGACCAUUCGGGGCCCAAUUGUUCCUGCUCCUCUGCUCCCCAAACAGGAUAAGGCUGUCCAGGGAUCCAAAAAGAGCCCCACCUCGUCUCCCACCCCAAAAGAGGUUAUCCAGAGCCCCACUGUCCCCCUUGCCCCAUCCUCCUCAGUGGACAAGGUGUCCCCCAGCUCAGAAGGCACUCCUGUCCCAUUACCGACGGGAACAGAGGUCAGCAUGGAGCCCCAGCUUGUCCCCGACUCCACCGAAGGCAAAACACCCCCAGAACCACUGAGGGAGGAGGACGAGGUGGCCCUGGCCGCUGACCUGGAGAUUUUCCUGGACACACUGCGGAGCAUGGAGCCCCCUGAGAUCCUCCGCACUCACCGGCUCCCCCGAGCCCCCCGCUCCUCCUACCUGGCCAUGUAUGCCACACUGCCCUCCAUCGAGGAGGACCAGCCUGGGCCUUGUGUGCAGGAGCCCAGCCCCCAGGAGGUGCCUCCCCUGGAAGAGGAGGAGGAAGAAGAACCCGAGAACCCCUACCUGAGCGACGACGAGAAGCUCCAGCGCAGACAGGAAAAAGUGGGGCCCAGCCCCUCUGGGGACCCACCUCCUGCCAGGCCCACCCCGGUCUCCUGCUCUCCUCUAGAGAUGCUGAAGAAGCACGUAUCAGGCGCCAGGAGUCUCCACCCGGAGCCGGGGGCGGACGUGCAGGCCAGCAGCCGGCUUACAUCCCGACUGGGGGGCAGCCUUCUCUUUGGCAGUCUGUUGCCUGCCACCAAGGAGGCCUCUGCCCUGGAACCACUGGGCAAAAAGCUGUCUGCUCUGCCGCCCCACGGGGCACCAGGGCUCAGGAAGGUGCCAGGUCAGUUGCCCCUGCUCAGUGGCAGAAGGCCCCCGCCAGAAAAGCCCGCCUGUGCCGAGCCCCYGGAGGGGUGGAGCCCAGCACUGAAGACCCAGGGCAAGCUGAACACCAGGCCUGGAAAGGUGAUCGUCUUCUCAGAACCUGGCUGYCAGGGCACCAGCAGGGAGGUCUGGGACGACACUGCCGAUGCCUCAGCUUGGGCCGCUGCCUCUGUGAGGGUGGUACGAGGCUGCUGGGUGCUGUAUGAACGGCCUGAGUUUCAGGGCCGGAAGCUGGUCCUGCCUGAAGGAGACAUGGACCUCAGAGUCCCUGGGCCAGCGUGGAAUACCCAGGGCAUCGGCUCCCUGAGGAGGGCUGUCUGUGACUACUGCRUCCCCGAGAUCUGCCUGUUCUCUGAGGAGGGUCUUGCCGGGGAGCAAGUGAAGCUCACAGAGGCCUUGGAGGACCUUCAGGACCUGGAGACGCCCCUGCAGGUGGCAUCUGCUACUGUUUCUGCAGGACUGUGGUUGCUGUACCCCAAACCAUUCUUUGAAGACACCCCCUACAUCCUGGAGCCUGGAGAGUACCCCACCUCGGAGGCCUGGGGUACAUCAGAUCCCAGCGUGGGUUCCCUGAAGCCCAUAAAAUUGGGCUGCCCAAGUGUGGAGAAGCCAGGAGAGCCCAAGGCUGUGGUGUAUGAAGCCCCAGGUUUUCAGGGACGGAGCUGGGAAGUGACCAGAGACAUCUACAACCUGCAGCAGCCAGAGGACAGCCAGAGUCCCCACCUGGCCUCUGUGGGGUCCCUGCAAAUUCUUGGAGGCUGCUGGGUGGGCUACGAGAAGGAGGGCUUCCGGGGCCACCAGUACCUGCUGGAAGAGGGCGCCUAUGCUGACUGGUCGCAAUGGGGAGGUUUUGACCAGUGGCUGACCUCCCUUCGCGUCAUCCGGACGGACUUCGGGGACCCGGCCGUGGUGCUGUUUGAGGCCGUGGACUUCGUGGGGCCGGGCGUGGAGGUGAGCACGGCAGUGCCAGAUGUGGAGCUUGUGCGACACGGCCCGCGCACCCAGGCCAUCCACGUGCUCAGCGGCGUGUGGGUGGCCUAUGAGCAGGUGGGCUUCUCCGGGGAGCAGUACGUGCUGGAGAAGGGCGUGUACCGCAACUGCGACGACUGGGGCGCGGGCAACAGCGCCCUCGCCUCGCUGCAGCCGGUCCUGCAGGUUGGGGAGCACGAUCUGCACUUUGUCUCAAAGAUUCAGCUUUUCUCCGGCCCCGACUUCCUGGGCGACCACAUCUCCUUCGAAGAUGACCAGGCAUCUCUGCCCGCCGCCUUUCAGCCUCAAUCCUGCCGAGUCCACGGCGGCAGCUGGAUCCUGUUUGAUGACAAGAACUUCCAGGGAGACCAGCACAUUCUCUCAGAGGGCGAGUUCCCCACUCUCACGGCCAUGGGCUGCCUGUCGUCCACCGUCCUGGGCUCUCUCCAGAAGGUGCCCCUGCACUUUUCAGAACCCGCCAUCUUCCUGUACGGCCUGGAGUGCUUCGAGGGGAAGGAGAUAGAGCUGGACCAGGAGGUGCGGAGCCUGCAGGCCGAGGGCUUCAACAACCACGUGCUGUCCGUGCGGAUCAAGGGGGGCGUCUGGGUGUUGUGUGAGCACAGUGACUUCAGGGGCCGCCAGUGGCUGGUGAGCAGCAGUGAGAUCACCAAUUGGCUGACCUACAGCGGCACCCAGAGGGUGGGUUCCCUCUACCCCAUCAAGCAGCGCCGGGCUUAUUUCCGCCUCUGGAAUGCAGCCCUGGGGGGGUUCCUGGCGGUGCCCGACCACGUGGAGGACAUGAAGGCCGGCCGCGUGGUUGUCUCCGAGCCCCGAGCUGGCGGCAGCUGCAUCUGGUACUACGAGGACGGGCUGCUCAAGAACCAGGUGGCCCCCACCAUGAGCCUGCAGGUAAUUGGACCUCCAAGCCUCGGCUCCAAGGUGGUGCUCUGGGCCGAGAGCCGUCUGCCGCGACAGACGUGGAGCAUCAAUGAAUUGGGCCACAUCUGCAGCCAGAUGUUUGAAGGCCGGAUCCUGGAUGUAAAGGGUGGCCGAGGUUAUGACCGGGACCACGUGGUGCUGUGGGAACUGGCCAAGGACAGGGCAUCCCAGAUCUGGACCGUCCAUGUCCUCUGAACCUCCUUCCCCCAGCCCCGGAGGCUUUGCUGGGAUGGAAUGUUUUUAGUUUUGUUGUCGUUGUAACAUAAGCGAUUUUCUAAUAUGCUGCUAAGUA